GUUUCAAGGGAGAAGGCGGGAGGCUGGAGACGGCGGUACACGCCCCCGCCCUAGCAAGCGGAGCCGGGAGCCAGGCGACUUGCUAACGUGGCUGGGAGACGGAGGCUGCCCAAAGCCGCCGCCGGCUCGAAGGGGCGGGGAGAGGAGCUGUCGAGGCGCCCCCGCAGUGUGGCAGCUUCGGCGAGUCUUUGCUUUGUGCUGCUGGGGGACCCCCUCCCCUCCCCGCCCCCCCGCUUCUUGGGGAACUGGAGUGAGGAGCCCAAGCAAACCCUGCUGGGCACCCCGCUUCGGCGAGCCGUCUAGGAAUCUUUUCCUCCUCCGGGCGCGCGACUGCGGGCUGCUAAACCCCCCCCCCGCCCACCCCCCGGCCAUGCAGAAACUGCUGCAGCAGCUGCCUGCCAGCGCAGCCAACUUGGUGAAGUCCCAGCAGGCGGCGGCCGCCGCUGCCCAGGAGGCCAGGAGCCCCGUCCUGGUGCCCGAUGGCUCCCAGCAGACUUGGUACAGCACCCUGGAAGGCGAUGAGCUGCGGCUCCUCAAGGCCCCCCACGAACAAGAAGCCACCCAGCCGGAAACCAGCGCCGCCGCCGACAGCAGCGUGGCACAGCCGCUACGGCACGAUGACCUGAAGGAGAUGCUGGACAGUAACAAGGAUUCGCUGAAGCUGGAGGCCAUGAAGAGGAUUGUGGCGAUGAUUGCCCGAGGCAAGAACGCAUCGGAUCUCUUCCCAGCUGUGGUCAAAAAUGUGGCUUGCAAGAAUAUAGAGGUGAAGAAGCUUGUGUAUGUCUACUUGGUCCGAUAUGCAGAAGAACAGCAAGAUCUGGCCUUGCUCUCCAUCUCAACCUUCCAGCGAGGACUCAAGGAUCCCAAUCAGCUUAUCCGGGCCAGUGCCCUCCGGGUUCUCUCCAGCAUCCGUGUGCCCAUUAUUGUGCCCAUCAUGAUGCUGGCCAUCAAGGAAGCUGCUUCAGACAUGUCCCCGUAUGUGCGCAAAACAGCAGCUCAUGCUAUCCCCAAGCUGUAUAGCCUUGACUCAGACCAGAAGGACCAGUUAAUAGAAGUCAUUGAGAAGUUGCUGGCAGAUAAGACGACGUUGGUGGCUGGCAGCGUGGUGAUGGCCUUUGAAGAAGUCUGCCCUGAGCGCAUUGACCUCAUCCACAAGAACUACCGCAAGCUGUGCAAUCUGCUGAUUGAUGUGGAGGAGUGGGGUCAGGUGGUGAUCAUCAACAUGUUGACCCGCUAUGCUCGCACCCAGUUCCUCAGCCCUAACCAAAAUGAGUCCCUUCUGGAAGAGAAUGCCGAGAAAGCUUUCUAUGGGUCUGAAGAGGAAGACUCCAAGGACGACAAAGCCGAGCCUGCAUCCCUGGUGAAACGCAAGCCCUACGUUAUGGACCCCGACCACCGCUUGCUCCUACGCAACACCAAGCCCCUGCUGCAGAGCCGCAAUGCUGCGGUGGUGAUGUCUGUUGCUCAGCUGUAUUUCCACCUUGCUCCCAAAGCCGAGGUUGGGGUCAUUGCUAAGGCACUGGUGCGUCUCCUUAGGAGUCACAGUGAGGUGCAGUAUGUGGUGCUUCAGAACGUGGCUACCAUGUCUAUUAAGCGGAGGGGAAUGUUUGAACCGUAUCUGAAGAGCUUCUACAUCAGAUCAACAGACCCCACCCAGAUCAAGAUUCUGAAGCUGGAAGUGUUGACCAACCUUGCAAAUGAGACCAACAUUUCUACCAUCCUGCGUGAGUUCCAGACUUACAUCCGGAGCAUGGACAAGGACUUUGUGGCUGCCACAAUCCAAGCCAUUGGCCGUUGUGCUACCAAUAUUGGCAAAGUGCGGGACACGUGCCUCAAUGGGCUUGUCCAGCUGCUGUCCAACCGAGAUGAGCUGGUUGUGGCCGAGUCUGUGGUUGUCAUUAAGAAGCUCCUGCAGAUGCAACCAUCUCAGCACAGCGAGAUCAUCAAACACAUGGCGAAGCUGACCGAUAACAUCCAGGUCCCCAUGGCCCGGGCCAGCAUCUUAUGGCUGAUUGGCGAGUACUGCGAACACGUGCCCAAGAUUGCCCCCGACGUACUGCGUAAGAUGGCCAAGUCAUUCACCAGCGAGGAGGACAUUGUGAAGCUGCAGGUCAUCAACUUGGCAGCCAAGCUCUACCUGACUAACUCCAAGCAGAGCAAGCUGCUGACCCAGUAUGUGCUGAACCUGGCCAAGUAUGACCAGAACUACGACAUCCGGGAUCGUGCCCGCUUCAUCCGCCAGCUCAUUGUGCCAACCGAGAAGAGUGGCGCCCUCAGCAAGUAUGCCAAGAAGCUCUUCCUGGCACAAAAACCUGCCCCCAUCUUGGAGUCCUCUUUCAAAGACCGCGACCACUUCCAGCUGGGCUCGCUUUCACACCUCCUCAAUGCCAAGGCAGUGGGCUACCAGGAGCUCCCUGACUGGCCCAGCGAAGCUCCUGAUCCAUCUGUGCGCAACGUGGAGGUCCCAGAAUGGACCAAGUGCACCAGCCGCGAGAAGAGGAAGGAGAAGGUGGAGAAACCCUUCUACUCCGAUUCCGAGGGGGAGUCUGGGCCCACGGAAUCUGCCGACAGUGAGCCCGAGUCAGUCAGCGGAUCUGAAAGCGAGAGCGGCAGCGAGAGCGGUUCUGGUUCUGGUAGUGACGAAGAGGAUGAGGAAGACGAGGAGGAGGAGGAGGAGGAGGAGAGCGAGGACCAGUCGGAAGCGAAGGAGAAGAAAAAGAAGAGAAAGGAAGCUCUGAGAAAAGGAUUACUAGAGAGUGCUGGGAGUGAGGAGGAAGAGCGAGGCAAGAAAAAGCAGAAGCCACGUGAAGGGAAAAGGGGCUCCGAAUCGUCGUCCGAGGAGGGGAGCCUUUCCGAGAGCAGCUCGUCGGAGUCGGACUCUGGCUCUGAGGCAGAGGAAUCCCACUCUGAGGUGGAGAUCAAAAAGAAAAAGACACCUCCUAGCAGCAAACCUGCCCCAAAAGUCCCUAAGAAAGGAACAAUGGAGAUCUCCUUGCUUGACCUGGAUGACUUCACACCUCCUCCCCCACAACCAGUCACCACCAGCCCCAUUGUUUCCACCAGCCUUGUGACCGACCUCGAGGGGCUCACACUGACGGACACUUCUCUGGCUCCUGCUGCGAUCAGCCCUGUGUUUGGCGCCGUGAAGACACACGAGCUGCUGCACCGUAUGACAGGAGAGGGGCUCUCCGUAGAGUAUUACUUCAGCCGGCAGCCUUUUACUCCGGACGCCCGCAUGGUGGCCGUGCAGAUCCAGAUCUCCAAUAACACGGCUGCUGAGGUGAAGAAUAUCCGCGUCAGUGAGCCCAAACUGCUCUCAGGCAUGCGUGUCCAGGAAUUCAAGGAGAUCGAGUCCCUGACACCAGGUGAAACAGUCAGUGUGGCCAUGGGCAUAGAUUUCUGUGACUCCACCCAAGCAGCCAGCUUCCAGUUGUGCACACAUACUCGCCAGUUCUACGUGUCCAUCCAGCCUCCAGUGGGGGAGCUCAUGGCUCCUGUGUUUAUGAGCGAGAAUGAGUUCAAGAAAGAGCAAGAGCAACUGUUAAAGAUGGGUGUGGGGAAGCUAACGGGGAUGAGUGAGAUCACCGAGAAGCUGACCCUGCCGGACAAAUGCCAGAGUGACCACGUGAUCGUGCAGCAAGUGACCGCAGCAGCUAAUGUUAGCCGUGUGCCCUGUGGUUCGGACAAGGAAUACCGGUUUGCUGCGAAAACGGUGAGCGGCGGAAGCCUCAUCCUUGUCACCCUGGAGAAGACAGCCGGCACCUCAGCACAGCUGACCAUCAACAGUGAGAAGAUGCUGGUUGCCACCAUGCUGGUGAAGGACAUCAUCCACUCCUUGACCCAGUGACCAGGCGGCUGCUCUCUCUCUCCCCUGACAUGUGUGAACCCAACUGUACAUCCUUCCUGUCCUCGGUUCUUGACUCAGCCACCUGUCUCCCUGCCCCUGUCUUGCCUUGCUGUGUUCCCCUGUCCCUACAUAAAGUUCACCAUAGAACAGUGGCUUCCAACCUGGGUUCCUCCAGAGGUUGCUGAACUACAACUCCUGGCAUCCCCAGCUACAAUUUAUUAAGGCUAAGGAUGCUGGGAGUUGUAGUUCAGCAACCUCUGGAGGAAUCCAUGUUGGAAAGCACAGUCAUAGAAAAGGGGGUGCAACCUCUGAUGUGGAUGGCAGAGGCUAGUUCAGCAGCAAAUAAGCGGGUGUUGGGAGUGCUGAAGAUCUCCGUGACUCUGUCCUUAUUGUGCAGUAGGUCCUCUUCCCUGGUUUCUGUCUGAUGACACUAUUUAUUAUGGACGGGGGCCUUUAAUAAAGCUCUUCCUGGAAUUGG